AUGCCCGCGAUGGUGACGUCAUCGAUGCAGGUUCAGCAGGAUUCGGUGACGUCAGGAGGAUAUGGGGGUGGAACAGUGGUGGUGACGGGGAGUGGAGAGAGGGGGGGGCCGCAGCAGCAGAUUGUGCGCGGUUGUGAAACAGGUGAGCAGCAGCAGCAGCAGCAGGGGAGGGGAACGACGACGACAACAGUUACUAGCAUAAACCCCAUGAUCCCUCCUAGAAUAAUUGCUGCUAUUUACUCUAAAAUACCCGAGGGUAUUUCCCCUGAGCUGCAGCAGCAGUGGGUGGAGCAGCAGCAGCAGUCUUACUUGCUUCACCAGCAGCAGAAGCAGCAGCGACGGCAGCAGCAGGAGCAGCAACGGCAGCAGCAGGAGAGGGAAAGGCAGUUACAGGAAGAGAUACUGCGGCAACGGAGAGCAGAAGAGAGGGAGAGGGAGUGUGAAAGGGAGAGGGAGAGGAGGGAAAGGGAAAGGGAGAGGGAGAGGGAACGGGAAAUGGAGAGGGAGAGGAGGGAGAGGGAAAGGGAGAGGGAGAGGGAGAGAAGGGAGAGGGAGAGGGAGCAGGAAAGGGAGCAGGAGAGGGAGAAGGAGAGGGAAAGGGAGAUGGAAAGGGAGAGGAAGAGGGAAUCAGAGAGGGAGAGGGAGAGGCGGAGGAGGCAGAUGCAGGAGCAGAAGCCAUUGGCCGUGGUGAUGCUGAUGCAGUCAAUGGGAGCACGCAAGAAGAGCGAGAGCAGGGAUGGAGGCAGGUCAGGAGGAGGGGCGGGAGGAGCGAUGGGGGCAGAUGGAUGGGACGGAUCUUCCCCUGCCCGUCAACGAGGCCAGUGCAGGGACUCGGACUACGUAAGACUCUGCUCCGUUUCAUCUCUCCUCAUCUUUGAACUUCUUUUUUGUUUGAGCUUCUCUGAUAAAAAAGGGACGGAUGGAUCCAUGGCACGAAGGUUGGCCUCGAAGAGUCCUCUGUUUGACUGUUCUUUGCAGGUUCCUUGA